UUGAGAUGCUCGCGGAGUUGGCGAUAAAGCCAAUGCCCAUAAUAACAGUACAUAGUAUCUCUGAUUUCAUGAUAAGCAUUUGUUUUCUGAUUUUCAGCUGGAGCAAACUCCAGGGCUCGAAAGUAGAUCCUUGGAGCUAGAUGCACUUUUAUGAAUGGCUCACAUAGCAAGGCGAAAGUCAAAUGGACUCACAUUUUACAGAUCUGAAAAAAAAAAAAAAAAAUCAUUCCUCCCUGUAACAAACUACGACCCUAGUCAAUUAUUAGUCGCGGUUUUAUGAUUUUGGUUUAGUUUCAGAAUCAGGAGUCUUUUGGUGAAGAAUUAAGAGUUGUAUAUGGGUACAUACACAUCAAAUCACUUGGGAGGGUUCCUCCGUGCAUACGGAGUAUACCCUAAAAAAAUUUGUCACAAAACAGAGAGCUUGUGGCCAUCCCGGAGGGCUUUUGCACGACUGCUUGCGAUCGAGCCAAUAUCCAAGGCCGCAGCAAUCGCCAUAUAAAAUAAUCACCUAGGCAUUUGUCACAAGGAGACUGUCCUCUGUAUUGGAUGACGGAAGGGCUGCCGAGCAAAGGAGAUGCCGCGAGUAACCCGAGGCAUAUCUAUCGAGUGCUGAGAGAGGCUGCCAAAAGCAAUAAUGGAGGAACAUGGCAUAGUUUGCUAGCGAGAAGUCACAGCAACAGGAGUGAAAUCCGGCGAUAAAGAAGAUGAAGUCGACAAAGAAAGUCGAAGUCGCGAAGAAGAUGGAAGAUGACAUAAGCAGUUAACUAGCUGAGUCAUCAUGGAUUAUCACGUGACAGAGAGAUCACAUGCUUUUUAACGACUCCAAGAAAAACGAACGAAAACGACGAAGACGAAGACGGCAGACGGAAGAAGGAAGAAGAAGAGCCACGAAUAAAGGGAGUAUAUUUGUUUGCCCCCUCUUGCUCGCCAGAAGCUCUGGCUGUGUCGUGAUGGCGACCGUCCGUUGCAUGCUAUGCGCCGUUCUCCUCGCUGUGUGAUGUCCGGGCUUGUCGUCCUGUCAAACGGCGCCCUUGAACAACCAACCCGCUGCGCAGUUAGUUACAUCGACCGCCAAACACUGAACCCAAUAAAACAGCCAUGCAAGCACUUCACGGAUACCUACUCGACACUCGCAAAGCCAGUCGUUGAAAUUUUAUUUGCCUCGACUUCCGCCUAAUUUGUCUCUUCCGUCUUUCAUUUCUACCCUCCAACCGCCGACCAGCCUGCUAUCCCGCUCUCCAGCUGAACAAGCAAGACGGCCGGCGAACAAUCAUGGGGAAGCCGCCAAGCAUCAUCAUUGUCGUCAGACAUGGGGCUCGACUGGAUGCGGCUGAUAAACAGUGGCAUCUUACCUCGCCCACGCCCUACGACCCCCCUCUGACAUACGGCGGCUGGAAGCAGUCCCAGGCCCUUGGGGUCCGCAUUGGAUCCCUCCUACACUACCGCGAACUUUAUGGGUGUCUUCCUUCCACUUUAUCGUCCUCUGAUGCUUCGCAGGAGAGCAGCCAUCAUACUAUUCAAAGCCCGCCUACCGCUGCCCUGCCAGAACAAGAGCGGCGGAAGCAUCGAAUCAUCAUCCACUCAUCUCCAUUUUUACGCUGUGUACAGACGGGAAUAUCACUCAGUGCGGGAAUCAGCCAGUCAAAGCGUGCAUCAGCGGACCCCUCACCUCACCAGCGACCUCAACCUGGAACUCCUCCUCUAUCGAGCCACCACCGCUGGCGUUCCUCUUCUCCACGGCCGCAACGUCAGGGUUCACCCCAGUUAACUGCUAUCCAGGAGCCUCAGGAGCUAGCUGGUGAAGCAAACGCCCAAAGGCCAAGGACAAACCUGUCGCAUGAGAAGCAAUGUUUGCUGCGCCUGGACGCUUGGCUGGGUGAAUGGCUUACUCCGGAUUAUUUCGAUCAAAUAACCCCGCCGCCAGGAUCUGUCAUGAUGCUGGCUGGUGCAAAGGCAAGCUUACUUCGGGAGGAGGACUCCCUGCCUUCCAGUGCGACUACUCGGUCGGCACGUGGAAACUUCCCCGGAGGCUGGAACGGAUUCGCCUCUGCCAAUAAUACCGCUGAGGGGAAAGCCGAGAAUACUCCACCACCUGUGUCCGCGCAUGCCUUUGGGGGAAAUAUGGACACUCGAAGCUCUUCAACUGAUAGAGCCACCAGCAUUCAGGGCUUACCGAAACUCUCGACUGUUUCUUCUCAGCCACAUGAUGACACCGAAUAUAUCUCUCCAACGCCCACUUAUGCCAUUUCCCCCUCAGAUCCCAUACCCGCGGGGUAUGUAGCACAUGCGAGGGAUGCUUGUGUUGACGUGGACUAUCAAUGGGACAGCAUGAAGAGCCCUCUUGACUGGGGCAGCGGUGGGGAGUACGGAGAGGAGUGGAGUUCCAUGCAUCGCAGAUUCCGCGCUGGGCUCGAAAGAAUGAUUACCUGGUACAAGACUGCAGACUGCAACAAGAGUAAACGGAGGUUGUCCCACCGGGAGGAAUGCCAACUUGUAUCAAAUGAUGCACCCGCCACGGCAGACACAACAGAAGAUGAUGACAGCGAUACAGUCCUCAUAAUUGUUACACACGGCGCCGGAUGCAAUGCCAUUAUUGGUGCCUUGACAAACCGGCCCGCCCUCCUGGAUGUUGGAAUGGCUUCCUUGACUCUCGCCACUCACAAGGGCACUACGGCGGAUAACGUGGUGGCCGCCCAGCAAAUACAAAGGAAGCCGAGUCCAAGUGAGGUAUCCGAAGAAUACCAAGUAAAGUUGGUAAACUCAACAGAUCACCUUCGCGUCAGCAAUAACAACUCGGCGCAGUCACCGUCCCCUAGGGGGUUUCCUAGCUCUAUAUCAUCGUAUAGGCACCGGUUUACAUCUUUAUCGUCUGUUCCAGAUUCACCAGAUAAUGGAUUCUCUAUUGGACCGUCGCGCAGUUCUAGCUUCAAUGGCACCACCAGAGGGCUACACAAUCUGUCACGAUCGUUUUCUGUUGAUAAACACGCUGCUCCAGGUUUGUGGGGUUCUUCCUCCCCUGCCAACGUGCCUGUCGACGAUAUAAUGCCCGACUUCGAAGGAUCUUCUAUUUCAAGAGGCGUAGGGGAUGCAUCUAACCCUACAACCUCUCGCAAUAGUAGUACAUCGGAUGGUGCGCCUCAACGCGCGAGAUCGCAGCAUGGCCUCUGGAGUUUGAGGAGUCGCGAGCCUGUCUCAAAGAGACGCUGGACAGUCACUGAAAGAGGCGUAUGAAUAUUUAGCUAUCAAAAAGCAUACCCAAGUUUGGUUUUAUGGCUGUGACUGACUCACGGCUGUAAUAUUUCUUUUUUUCUAGUCCUAGGUAGCGUUAUGUCUUCCGGCCCCACCGUUAUUUUUACCACUUCAGAUAUUCCUAUCCUGUAUUUUGGUUGCUUUUGGAACAGGGUUUCCGAGUAAUGUGAUAAUGAAUUGAUAGCAUAUUUACGAACCCAUCAGUAGCUAGUUGCUCUCGCUGCAGCCUGCGGCUUGACAAAAUAAUUUCUACCAUCCCUAACUAUUUCCCGUUCGCCUGGCCCAAUCUUCCAUAGCCUGCG